CUCCGAGACAAGACUGGCCGAAGGGCGACACUUUCACAUCACAAGGGGUCUGUGGCUGAAGGCGACAUGGCAAAGGGAGGAGAGGAGGAACGUCCUGCGCAAGUGGCAUGCCCCCUACCACCGAAUGGUACGAACGGUCUGGAGUUGAUACGGCACGGGAUCUGCUGUCCAUUCGGCAGGACCAGCUGGCUGUCCAGCGAGAACUGCUGGCCACACAGCAGGGUCUGCUGGCCACCCAGCAGCAGCAGCUGGCAGUUCAGCAGGAAAUGCUGCUCGUGCAGAGAGAGGCAGUCGAUGCACUCCGUCGACUUGCAAGCAUAUUUGAGCAGUCCGUGGACACAGGGGUGUUGCCCUCUGACCGGAAAAUUAGCUGUAGAGGGACAAGCAGCAGCAAGUGCGCACCAGUCGUCCGCACUGACUUCGCUAGUGCUUCAGCUCGUCGGUGUGCAGAAUCUCCAUCCGCCAGCCGAAUAAAGUGGGUCUCUAUGCUCCA